AUGAGUCGUCCAAAAGGCCAUACCCCUGGAAUGGACCCGAACGCACACAGAUUUUUCGAUGGAUUUCCAUGUUCUGAAGCUAUGGAGGCCUCUUACAAGUGCUUGACUGACAAUAAUUUCGACCACAGCAAGUGCGAAGACUAUUUCAGUGCUUACAAGGAGUGCAAAAAACGGUGGUUACAGGCAAAGAGGAAGCACAACAAACUUGAGCUGUUCGGAUCGACAGAAUAGUAAUCAAUAAUGACCACAUGGCCAUCUGUUAUGAAAGAAAAUGUCACGCGACAUGAUAUACGGCCUGUGUUUGCUAUACACUCUAAAAUCAACUACCAGCCUGUCUUGACUUCUCAUAUUUCUUUCACGUAAUAUGAAGUCUUACAAGUACACCGUAUGGAACAAACUACAUGACAUUUUUGAGUCAGUGAAUGACCUGUAAAUUCUUGUGUUCCCUUUUUUGAUCUUAUCUUUCUACUUUUGUGGACAUUGUGUUACAUUUUUGGAAGAAAUUUCGACUUCCACGAUCUACUUCCGCUUCCGGUCACGCUUCCGGUCACGCCCACACCUUCCUGUUGUAAUUGGUCCCUUUGGAUCGGAAUACAGUUAGCUUUCUCUUUACAGACACCUCUCCAAAAUGGUUACCUGCGGUUUGGUCCUGCCGUUAUUCAGCUUUUUUCAUUUACCCUCUAAACCGGCCAGGGGCGCUGCAAGGGGGGGUGGGGGGGGGGGGGCGGCAUGGGGGGCCCUUGUACCUCCACCCCCUCUGGUGAGAGGCAUUCCAAUGUUCCCUCAUUGACCACCCUGAAAACAAAAGCUAACGGGCCAAGCAAAAUCGUGGCAGAUACCCCAGAUUAUGAACCUGCUAGCUUGGGGUGCCUGUGAUAGCAAAAUCGACGGGCGAGCCGAUCAACCAACCGAUCAACAGGAGGGCGGAAUGGCGUGGAGAAGAGUGGAAGGGUGUGGUGGCUAUUUCACUUACCACUUCAGUAGCCUAAUAAUGUUUCUUUCCACGGGUUAAAAAGAUUUAUAAGAUACUCCUCACAAAAUAUUGUUUUGCUUUAUUUCUUGACUUAAGAAAAACACAAAUGAUUAAAUUUAGAAAAAUCAUCAAAUUGUCAUCCACAAUGUACAUUUGAAAUCGUCGAAGUUGGUCUUCACAAAUCUUUAGCCUGGUUUUCACUAGGGACCAUCUUUUUAGCAACGUAAGCACACAUACAAGUGCCAAGAGAACACUUUUAAAUCCCUAGUUCUCUUCUGUUUAUAAAACUUUCUUUUUUCAAAACUUUGGAGUUUAAAUUAUCAUCGAUCCUCCAUUUUGUUCUGUUUUGUUCCAAAAUGGUAGCAUGAAUGAAGCUGGAACGAGCGAUUUAAGGCUCAGCUUCGUUCCAGUUGUGCUUGCAAUGCAAUAUGCUUCCGUCACUAGUGCAAAACCAGGCUUGAGGAAUCACAGAAAAUUUCGACGACAUUUUCUUGACACAACUUUAAGAUUAAGGUGAAGGAAAACAAAACUUAGCGGCAUCGAAUGAAAUUUGGUGAAUGUAAUUGAUCGCUGUGUCUAUUUGUCUAUUUUCACCUUUUGUUUUAACCAAGACCGUAUUUUUCCCAUUUGUUCAUUGAGCGUAAUUCUUCUUUCCAAAAUUUUCUGUUUUCUUCCGAUUCUCUUCGAACUUUAUCCAUCUUUGCUAAGUAUUCCUCCAUAGUGUAUCCGUCAUCUCCUCCAUUGGAUUCUUCACCUGUAAAACAAACAAAAUUCUAAAUUAUCCUUAAAAGUUUUUCCUUGGUAGUGUCAAUGGAAAAUAAGGCAAUUCUUUCUCCUCGAAGAAAAAUAAAAGCCAAGUUCGAAUUCUUCGAAAGUGCCCAGGAUCAAGAAAUUUUGAAUGCCUCAUCUAGCUACGAGAUGCUCUCCAUAAAAGAACACAAAAACAUCCAGGCCAAUAUCAUCGGUGCUAAGCUCUUUCUUUGAAAAAAAGAUUUUUGACACUUUAAUGGUUUUAAUUAAGUGUUAUUUAUUUAUUUAUUUAUUUCUUAAAUUUGGUACUUAUUUGUUACCAGCCGUUAUGUUUUGACUCGAUACUCAGGUCUGUUGAGUCAACGUCGACGAAUCGUCGUCUUCUUGUUUAUUGUUUUACGGUAUUUUAAGAGACAUUUAAACGCAGUAUUUUACAAGCAAAACAAAAAAUUAUCACAUUUUCUCCCAAUUAAAACAACCAAGGAAAACCUAUCGAGGAAAGCUGCUAGUCCUCCAAUUACAAGAAUAACGAAUCUGGACAGAUUUGAUCAUGAAGUUGAAUUUAUGAACCCCAAAUCUAUUUAGCUCUAUUUCAAGGGGAAUCUUUACAAGAACCAAGACAUAACUAGAUUUCUGACUAAUUCUGACGUUUAAUAUUGUUUUUAGUGACAAAUACUAAGUUAUGACAAAGUAAGCUAAAAAAGCAGAUACCCUCUGAGAGAAGUUACCAAGUUCGAGUUUCGCACAAGCGAUAGUCCAGCGACAGGAGUUAAUGUUUCCAAGCGCGGUAACUACUUUUAAGCCUGUGUUUGAUUUUGGUUGUCCUUCAAUGACCUCAAGCAACUUGGCGGGAGAAAAGGAUAUUAAAAAACGUUUCUUCGAGUUCAACGGUGCACGUUUUCACACUUUUAUGGCAUUUAAUGGCUAGCUGACUACUAAGUAACGAAGGCUAAACUAAAAUAAAUGUCGUAAAUUUGACACUUACGAUGUCACAAUUCACUAGCGAAUCACCUGUCGAUCAAAAGAUUAGUAUUAAUAACUGCUUUGUUAAACACGUUUGGUUAAUUAAGUUUCCGAGGAAACUAGUCAACAGUUUGAAACAAAAGAGGAUAUCCUUUCUUGUUUGAAUUGAAUGAUAAAUUUGUAUUCGGCUUUGUUUAGCAAUCAAGGUUUCAAACAGUCAAGGAGAUCUAUCUAUCCUACAUGUAAGCUGUCAGUUUUAAAUCAGCUGCAACGCGUCCGUGUUUAAUCUUCGCGCCGAGUUCCUGCCAGCUAAGCUGAAGGAAAACACGCCGUGGACAAAAGAUUCCUUAAAAACGAGGAUUUACUAUUAAAUUACUACGUAGCCUGCGAGUAAGUUUUCCCUGGACACAAGAACCAAUGCGCUUCUGGUUGGAAAAUUAAUUAAGGGAUGCUUCACGUAUUCGGCAAACAACAGAGGUCAGAUUCAAUUCAAGUUGAGAAAUUCUCAAGAAAAAGGGCAGAUAAAAACAGCUCAAAAAAUUGUUGUGGAUAAGAAAUUGCGUGAAACCAAUUAUUUAUGUGAAGAAAUAAUGAAGAGUAAACGACAUGUAAAGGAGGAACUUGGUCACGUGCUGCAAAUUUAUGUUUGCCGUUUGGCGUAAACGUGAUGCUUAUCAUCUCUAAUAUCAAUAAGUGUCGUCAGCGUGAGUAUCGGUUUUAAAAGGGUCGCUGAGGAAAUCAAGCCCUCUUACAGGUAUGCCAUUUGGUGCAUGCGCAUUAAGGAGAAGAAAAUCGCACCAUUGCAGGUCACUUAUGAAAUAUUGAUCAUCACACAUUUUUAACUGAUGCGUGAAAUAGGGAAGUCUGAUCGGACCGUUCAGGAGGAAAAAUUCAACAAUCAUGGGUAAUACCCUCAUCAGGCUGUUUAAACGCUUGUUUGGCAAGGAAGAAGUGCGUAUAUUGAUGGUAGGUUUAGAUGCAGCAGGAAAAACAACCAUCUUGUAUCAGCUGAAACUAGAUGAGCCAAUUACAACGAUCCCGACAAUAGGGUUUAAUGUGGAGACUGUGGAAUACAAAAACAUCAGUUUUACGGUCUGGGAUAUCGGCGGACAGGAUAAGAUCCGCGUUUUGUGGCGUCUUUACUAUCAAGAAACUCAGGGACUUAUUUUCGUUGUGGAUAGCAGCGAUAGGAAUCGCGUGGAUGAGGCGAAAAAUGAACUGUUUAAACUGCUGGCCGAAGACGAAUUACAAGAAGCUGUCCUUUUGAUCUUUGCAAAUAAACAGGAUCUACCCAAUGCAAUGUCUACCGCGGAACUGAGCGAGAAGUUAGGGCUGCAUACCCUGAAAGGGAGAAGAUGGUAUAUACAGGCCACGUGCGCGCUGAAAGGGAAGGGGCUUUACGAGGGAUUGGAGUGGCUUUCGCAACAGAUUCGAGAACAACAAAUCAAAUUUAAAUGA